AUGUCUUUAUCAAUGGAGGAUCUGGAAGCCACAUUUUCAUUGGCUACGAAUGCCAUUCAUAUGGAUGAUCGCUAUGCUGGGCCUGAUGUUGCGCCGGCCAUGCACCCUAGCACAACAUUCCGAUACCCCUACAAUCCAGAAGAGCUUGAGCCCCGGAGAACUCUAUCUAAGACCGACAUGAUCUAUGCCAGACUUGCCCGCCCCACGGGAUCUCGACUCGAGCACAUCCUGACAAAGCUCCUUAAAGGAAACUCCUUGGUUUACGCGACCGGACUUUCCGCCAUACAUGCCUAUCUCGUUCGGCUUGGGCCCAAGAAAGUUGCAAUUGGUGGAGGCUACCAUGGGACUCAUGCUGUGCUCGACAUACACCAUCGUCUGACCGGUACCCUCAAAGUAGGACUGGACCAGUUGGAUAAACUCGAGCCUGGAGACGUUAUACAUCUUGAAACUCCCUUGAACCCAACCGGUGAAGCGCGGAACAUUGCUGCUUACGCGAAAAUCGCCAAAGAGAAGGGUCUCUAUCUCGUGGUUGACUCCACAUUUGGGCCACCAGCUUUGCAAGACCCUUUUCUGUGGGGUGCCGAUAUCGUCAUCCAUAGUGGCACCAAGUAUAUCGGUGGACACAGUGACAUCAUGUGCGGUAUAUUGGCUAUACAGCGAGAAGAUCUCUUUAUAGGUCUUUGGGAGGACCGUUGCGCGCUAGGCAGUGUUCUCGGCGGGUUCGAAUCUUGGCUCGGCCUUCGAAGCUUGCGUACUCUGGAUAUCCGCUGCAGAAGGCAGAGCGAAAAUUGCACCGCCCUUGUUGCAUGGAUGACCGACAGGAUAAAAGACACCAAGGUGAACGAAGUCAAUUCAACUGUGCAAAAAAUUACACAUGCCAGUCUUCAAUGCUCCGAUAUGAACUGGCUUCAAAAGCAAAUGCCUAACGGGUUUGGCCCGGUUUUCGGCCUAGUCAUGAAAAGUGAGAAGUAUGCGCAGUGGCUCCCGAGUAAACUCCGCAUAUUCCAACACGCAACCAGCCUUGGGGGCGUGGAAAGCUUGAUUGAAUGGAGAAAGAUGUCGGAUCAUUCCGCCGAGGGCGACGUUCUCCGAGUCAGCGUGGGUAUUGAAACACUGGAGGAUCUUCAGAAAGACAUUUCAAACGGAUUCAAUGCUAUAAUGGAAAUGCGACAGUGA